UUUCUUCUUUGGAUCUGACCUUCUUUCUCUCUCUUGUUAUUAUUAUUAUUAUUUCUUUUAAGAAAAUAAUAAUAAAAUAAAAAACAAAGGCAAGCUAAAAAAACACACAAACAAUAACAUCAUCAAUAAUUAGCUAGCUGUGCCUUUGACGAAGUAGAAAUUUAAAAUUAAAAUUAAAAUUAAAAGGAAACAAAAAUCAUUUUUGUUUUUCCUCUCUCUCGAAACCUCUAAAAAUCCUCUUUUAGCUCGAUCUCUUCUUCUUCUUAUUUGAAUAGUCGAAACGGUGAUUCGAUCUCUGUAGUUAAUCGGACGGUGGAAGUUGAUUUGGUUUGAGAUAUUGAAGAUCAAGAAACUGAGUGUGUAUGGUUGUGGAACGGAAGAGAAGUAUGAGGUAGAACAGAGGAGGUGAAGGAUGUUGUAUUUGAAGCAGCCGAGCUCCAUUUUGUGCAUAGGAUGCGAUUCUGUUUUGUUUUGAAACAUAAAAACUCUACUUAUUCUUCUUUAAUUUAUUUUAUUCUAUUUUUUAUAAUUCGUUUUAUUUGCAUGCUCUUGCGAUAAAUUCCCUGAGCCUGGGGCUCGGGGAGAGAUCUAACUAGAGCUCAAGAAUUAAAAAAGAAGUAGAAAUUUAUAUAUAUAUUUUUUAAUAAACAAGAAAACAGAGGAAUAAUGGUGUCCAUGGAAAAUGGAGGUGGUCCCUCUACUACUCACGAUGAGGAUCAGCUGCCUCGUUCUGAUGACCAGGUUUAUAUGCAGAAAUUCAGGCUCUACGAGACUCGAUCGAAAUUUUACAUGAUAGGGAGGGAUAAGAGUAGGACAUAUUGGAGAGUGCUAAAGAUUGACAGACAAGACCCUUCGGAGCUAAAUAUUCGUGAAGAUUCUACCACUUAUACAGAACGUGAAUGUUCUGAUCUGCUGAGGCGAAUACAUGAAGGAAACAAGGCCACCGGUGGACUAAAGUUUGUCACUACUUGUUAUGGAAUUGUUGGCUUUAUCAAAUUUCUGGGGCCAUAUUACAUGCUGCUUAUUACAAAAAGAAGACAGAUUGGUGCAAUAUGUGGUCAUAAUGUUUAUGCAGUCUCCAAGAGCGAGAUGAUUCCGCUGCCAAAUUCUGCUAUUCAGUCCAACAUUACCAAUGCUAGGAAUGAGAACAGAUACAAGAAGCUCCUAUGCACCGUGGACUUGACAAAGGACUUCUUUUUUAGCUACUCAUACCAUGUUAUGCGUAGUCUUCAAAAAAACUUGUAUAAUAAAGAAACAGGACAGGUCCUUUAUGAAACAAUGUUUGUGUGGAAUGAGUUUUUGACCCGUGGAAUACGAAAUCACCUUCAAAAUACUUUGUGGACAGUUGCUUUAGUGUAUGGCUUCUUUAAGCAGGCCACCCUUUCUGUAUCUGGACGAGAUUUCAAACUCACCCUUAUUGCAAGACGUUCACGUCAUUUUGCUGGUACCAGGUACUUGAAACGUGGUGUAAAUGAGAAGGGCAGAGUAGCUAAUGAUGUUGAGACAGAGCAGAUUGUAUUUGAGGACAUUCCUGAAGGGUUUCCCAUCCAAAUAAGUUCUGUUGUCCAAAACCGUGGUUCCAUACCACUUUUUUGGUCACAAGAAACAUCACGUUUGAAUAUCAAACCGGACAUUAUAUUGUCAAAGAAGGACCCAAAUUAUGAAGCAACCAGACUGCAUUUUGAGAAUCUUGCCAAGAGAUAUGGAAACCCUAUCAUUAUUUUGAACCUAAUUAAGACACAGGAGAAGAAGCCUCGGGAGUCUAUUCUACGUACAGAGUUUGCUAAUGCUAUUGAUUACAUUAAUAAAGAUUUAUCAGAGGAAAACCGUUUAAGGUUCCUUCACUGGGAUCUACACAAGCAUACUCGAAACAAAGCAACAAACGUUCUGUUACUUCUGGGAAAAGUGGCUGCAUAUGCUUUAACAUUGACAGGCUUCUUUUACUGUCAAGUAAUACCAGCCGUGAGACCUGAUGGGUGUACAAACUGGCCUCUUGUUGAGAAUGCUGAGAAUGGCCACCUAACUGCCCAGGAUACAUACAGCAAUUAUGACGAGGAUAAUGACUUAGAGAAGAAAUUCAAUGGGGGUAAUGGUCUUGCCAACGGAAAUCAUUCUGUCAAGCGUCCAAUGUUCCAGAAAGGUGUGCUUAGGACAAAUUGUAUAGACUGUCUAGAUCGCACAAAUGUAGCACAGUAUGCAUAUGGUUUGGCUGCACUUGGACAUCAACUUCAUGCUUUAGAAAUAAUAGAUACACCGAAGAUAGACCUUGAUGCACCUUUGGCUGAUGAAUUGAUGGGAUUUUAUGAAAGAAUGGGUGACACACUAGCUCAUCAAUAUGGUGGGUCGGCUGCACAUAACAAGAUAUUCUCUGAGAGAAGGGGACAGUGGAAAGCAGCAACCCAGUCCCAGGAGUUCUUUAGAACUCUACAACGGUACUACAGUAAUGCCUACAUGGAUUCAGAAAAACAAGAUGCAAUUAAUAUAUUCUUGGGGCACUUCCAACCACAACCUGGCAAACCGGCACUUUGGGAACUAGAUUCGGACCAGCACUACAGUGUGGGAAGGAAUGGCCAAACAAAUAUGGAUGACGAUGGAAGGCCAUUUUUCAAAAGGUCCAUGUCAGAUGGAAACAUUCUUCGUGAGAGCUGCUCACCUACAUCAACCACAAAUGUCAAGCAGAAGAAAUUUUCCACUUCAGCUUGGCCAGAUCAAUGGGAAGCAGACAACAAUGUUCUUUCUGAGUCAUCCCCAGAGAUAUCAACUUGUGAAAGUGACAUAGCGUUUUCAAGGUACACUCCGACAAUGCCUCGCAGACAGCUUUUCGGAAAUGUGGAAAGAGACAGAUACCUUGGAAUUGAUCAUAUUUACUUUUCUGAAGACACAUUUAAUUUCUCAAACUUUGUUGACUUAGACUGGCUGUCUUCCUCAGGAAAUUCAUGUGAAGAAGAGCCAUUUGAGAGGUCAUCUUUGCUGAUAAGCUCUCCAAUUGCUGGGUUGUCAUCUGAGAAUGUUGUCAAUGGAAUAAUGAGUGAAACAACUCCAUCCACUAGUGAAUGUGGAUCUAGCAUGAAGGGAAUGCAGCGGACAGGAACGGAGCUUUAUGUGCUGGAUGAUCUACAGAGUUCCAAUGUCCUUGAGGAAUACUCAGAUAGCUUUGUGAACUGGGUAACCUAUGGAGAGACACUCUGCCAUUGAAGUCGGCUAAUUUACCCAGAAUUUUUCUACUAUUUCCAUCCCUCAAUUCACCCAACCUGCUAAAAAGAUUUUCUGAUUUACUGAUAUAGAGAGGUUACUAUGGGUUGCAAGACUUAAAUGGCAAGGCCAAAGGUAGAAAACAAAGGCUGAUGCAUUGACAGUUCUUUGCAUAGUAUUCUGAGAAAUCCCAGCCGCAUGAGCGAUGCAGUGUUGAUUCCAUCGUGGAAACCUCGACGGAACCGGAUACCGAAGUAUAAAGAGUACAUAGUGAACAGUAAAAGGAAAAAAAAAAAAAAACCAAAUUUUUUGGAGCUCCUUUUCUCAUAUUCUUCUAGUUCACGAGCUUCCUAGGUUUCAAUCUUUGUAAAUAUAAUUUACGCCCUGCUCUUUGAGAGCUCCACUUUUAGAAGAAUUUCAGGUCAUUGAUUCUUUUAUUUUCCAUUUUCUCUUCAUGUUUAUCUAUGGUCAAGUGUGAUCCUAACAAUUGAGUUAACUGUUUGGAGGAAAGACCUACAAUUAUAGGACUGAUGCUCUCUUUAAGCCGCCCGAAUGCUAAAGCUUCAAUUCUCUGGUUCUCCAGUUAGGAGCAUCUGGCAACUCGCCCAUUCUUGGAUAGUAUUAUGGCGAGUUUCAUUGGAGAUGUCAUUUCUGCGAAAUUCGAUGUUUGGGAUAUGUGAAGGAUGAUAAACUAGCAGUAGUGUUUGUCUUGAAAUUUCACAAGCAUUGAUUUAAGCUAAGGGUUCGCCUUCUGUAUAUUGUUAUUCUACAAUAAAAGAAUCUUUUCAAAGUUCAUUCAA